AUGAGUAUCCCGUUAAUAGAAAUUUUAAAGAAAAAGAGAAGAGAACAUAAAGAGAGUCGUAGUGGUGAUGAAAGGGUUGAAAAGAAGAAAGUGGAAGAGACUGGUGAAGUGGUUUCGCUCCUUAAGUCAUUGCUUGGUAAAGUGGAUAAGUUGGGCAAGAAGUACGAAGACAUGGACAAGAAGUACGAAGGCAUGGACAGUAGGAUGGCAUUACUAGAGAACAAGAAAGGCAAGGCGACUGAGCUAGAUGCCCAAUCAAAGGUGGGCGAUCAAGGAGAUGGGUCUAAGAACGAAGAUCGGGUUCAUAGGUCUCUUUUAGUGCAAAUGUCAUGGACGGUAGAGCAGCAGGUAACAUCCCAUGCCGAGUUCCCAGUCAACCGUGUUGUUAGAAACCUGAAAGUUGGGGCAAAGGACCUGCGAAAUGUGGAAACUCCUGUUGAAAAGAAGGCUAUUGUUGAGUUUAUCAAUAUGACUACAGAGAACAAUGAAGCCCAAAAGUCUCGAAAACCUGCUGUGGAGAAGAAGGAGGCUAGUGUUGAGUUUGUCGAUAUGACUAAAGAUGUGACAGCUACUCGAAAAGAUAAGAUUCUUCAGUUGACAAAGAACGAUGAUUUCGGUGUCCUCAAAUAUCGUAAAAUAACUCUUGCAAAAACCCAAGUGGACCCAUUCAUAGGAAGCUCUGGAACUAUACUGAUCAUGUAUGGUGAAAUUCCUUCUCCUGCUAUCUACGGUCCUUUUGCAACGGUAGAAAAGUGUAAACUAGAUCGGUUACUUGAGUACGUGAAGACUGAUUUGGAAAACCCAUUCGAUAGUAGCCUCGCAGGAGUAGAAUUCGACUUGGAAUUGAUGACACCUAAAGAAAUGUGGCCAGUAGACGAGUAUGGGUGGUUGAAAACUUCGAGACUUCCUCGGGAAAAAGAAGAGGUGGGUAUUUCCUCAGGAUAUUUCAUUUUGUACAAUGGUAGAAUUCCAGAAUUUGCUGCGACGAACAAAAAAUGGGUCGAGGAUGUCGAUAUCUUGUACAUUCCUCAUAAUAUCCGCAAAGCGCACUGGGUGGCUGUUGUGGUAGACUUGGUAAAGAAAAAUGUGAAAGUGUACGAUAGCAUCUGCAGUGUCUACAGCGACAACUACAUCAAAGAAAUGUGCAAGCCAUAUGCAAAGAUGAUUCUGAUGUUACUCAAGCAGGUUGCACCCCCUAAUCAAAGGAGGGGAAUGAGUGAGCAGGCUUGGAAUGUAUACAUGAUCAAAACUAUAUCACAGAACCACCAAUCGGGUGAUUGUGGUGUGUAUACGCUGAAGUAUAUAGAGUGUUUAGCUCUUGGACAUAGUUUUGAUGGCUUGUGUUAUUCGAAUAUGUUUACUAUUCGUCUGAAACUUGCAGCUGAGAUUAUGGAAGAGUUACCAGAAGAUGAGGUUGUCCAGUUAUCCGAUCCAAACCCUCGUGCUACAACAGAUGAUAAGGACCAUGUUUGUAUGUAUGACCAUGGUAAACUUGGUGGUCUUUCGAAAGUAUGGUAUACUUAUAUGAAAUUUUUGGUUGUUUGA